CUCGUGCUUUCCUCGUGUACUUCAUUCAUUAAAAUUUAAUUAAAAAGAAAAAAGUCAAAAUAAAUAACAACGAGGAUUUUUGUAGGUUAUCUUUGUACUUAUUGCCAUUUAAAUUGAAUUUAAUCACUGAAUGAUAGGAUAAACUAAACAAACCAUGUCGAAAAGACCUGAGCAUCAAGCUCCGCCGGAGAUAUUCUACAAUGAAGACGAAGCAAGAAAAUACACUCAAAAUACUCGCAUUAUAGACAUCCAAGCCCAAAUGACAGAAAGAUGUUUGGAGUUGCUGCUAUUACCUGAAGACACAUCAUGUCUUCUACUAGACAUUGGCUGCGGCUCGGGGCUCUCCGGGGCCGUGCUGGAAGAGUCCGGUCACAUGUGGAUAGGCAUGGAUAUAGCCCCUGCUAUGCUUGAGGUGGCACUAGAAAGAGAAGCUGAAGGAGACCUGGUGCUAUCUGAUAUGGGUGAGGGAGUUCCAUUCAGAGCUGGCAGCUUUGAUGGGGCAGUCUCUGUCUCAGCCAUACAGUGGCUCUUCAAUGCCGACAAGAAAUCACACAAACCAGUCAAAAGGAUAUACAACUUCUUCAGCACAUUGUAUGCCGCAUUGUCAAGAUCAGCCAGAGCAGUAUUCCAGUUCUACCCAGAGAAUGAGAGCCAGCUGGAAUUGCUCACGUCACAGGCCAUGAAGGCGGGCUUCUACGGAGGCGUGGUUGUGGACUACCCUAACUCAGCUAAAGCCAAGAAGUUCUUCCUUGUUCUGAUGACUGGAGGGGCUGCACCUUUACCACAAGCAUUAGGUACUGAAGAAAGUGACAGUCUCCAGGUGAAGUAUGCCAAGAGGGAAGCCAGCAAGAAUGCCAGAGGCAAGCCACUGAAGAACAGCCGCGCUUGGAUCAUUGAGAAGAAGGAAAGAAGAAGAAAACAAGGCAAAGAGACCAAGCCUGACACUAAGUUCACAGGAAGAAAAAGAGCCGGCCGAUUCUGAUAGUUGUAUUAUCUUGUACUAUAAACUAAGAACUUAAGAUUACAUAUUUAAAACAAAGUUA